UGAUGUUGUAGAGGAGGAGCAGCUGGACUUGGUUGAGUCUCUCGCAACUAUGUCGCAACCUUUUCUUCUUUUCUUUGUUUCGAAUGAGACAUAGAUUGUUCUGAUGGGGAAAAUCUGUCGGGUUUGGUCGGAGUAAACGUGGAGAACAGGCGGGACUCGGAGCGGAUCAGAUGAGUUUAAACUGUGCGUCAAGUGGGAAUUUUGGAUCAGCAUCACGAAAAUGGACCAAGGUCGAUAGAACGAACUUUCUUUUUUUCACUUAAAAAAAACAUCGCCGUCUAUUAUUGUUGUCUCCAUGGAGCCGGGAUGUUCAUCAACAGUUGAAUCAGCCUUCCCAAACUAAUUUGUAACGAUAUCCUGUAUUGAUCGGGUAUUGAUCAACGGGAUGGCACUUCUUUUGCCUCUGCUGGCUCUCUUGACCUGCGUGGACGCCAAAAGCGCGUUCCCGCUCAGGACCUCUUAUAACCUAUACGCCGGCGGGAAUGCGCACUCUCAAGGUGCUCGAGUCGCCAGCAGACACAGGAAUUGGUGUGCAUACGUGGUAACAAAGACCGUAAGUUGUGUGGUUGAAGAUGGAGUCGAGACAUAUGUGAAACCAGACUACCAUCCUUGUGCCUGGGGCAGCGGUCAGUGCAGCCGUGUGGUCGUCUAUCGUACCUACAUGAGGCCUAGGUACAAAGUAGCCUAUAAAAUGGCAACGCAGCUGGAGUGGAAGUGUUGCCAGGGUUACAGUGGUGACAACUGUAGCAAUGGUCCACUUGGUGGGACAGGAAGCACCAAUAGGCCUGAGCUCCAUCCAGGACAUGGAAGAAAUGGAAUAAACACUGGACAGGGAGGAGUCAAUACUGGCUUUGGACAGAAUGGAGGCCACAGUGGAAGAGUUGAUAAUGAAAAGAUGAAGCUGCUGGAGGAAAAGAUUCAUACCCUGACUCAGACUUUUGAGGACUUGCAGUCUACCAUCACCUCUAUGAAUGAGAACUCUCACGGGAGGGUCAACAAACCUGGUCUUAAUGGCAGCGGUGGUAUAUCCUCCGGAGCAAGAAACCCUGCUGAUGCAGCUCAACCAGAGAUUAAAGACACAAUCCACAGCAUUCAGACCAAACUGGAUCAACUUGACAAUCGCACACAGGCUCAUGAUAAAACCCUUGUAAGCAUCAACAAUCAUCUCGUGAAUGGAAAAGGAAAUGAUCUGGAAGGAGGUCUUCCUGGAGGAAGUUCGAGUGGAAAAAGUCUGAACUCAUUGAAGGAGGAGAUCCUUGAGGAGCUUGAGAGAAGGGUUUCACUAUCGUGUUCCUCCUGUCAGGCUGGUGUGAAGGACCUGCACGGGCAGCAGCAGGAAGACCAGGAAAGAAUCCGGGCCCUGGAGAAGCAGCUUAAUGCAAUGGAUGUUCGUUAUCAACAGGAAAUUGAUGGAUUGCGGCGGGAAGUAGCGAGCUCAAAAAGAUGCUGUGACAACAUCAAUGACCUCCGAAACCGCGUCACAGAUGCUGAGCGGAAGAUCAGCACAGCAGCAGAAAAUGUUGAUGUCCUGCACAACCGCCUGAACAACGAGCUUAAGGGAGGAAGUGGCAGCAGUAAUAAGGAUGGAGUCUUCAGAGGCGGGGAGAUUGGUGCUGAAGGUGGACAAAGGGUUAGUGGUGGGGCUGUAGUGGUAACUGAGGAUAAACUAAAUAAUCGACUGAAGGAUUUGGAACGACGGGUCAAUGGGACUAUGGAGCAAACUGAACAAAGUUGCGCGUAUUUGGAAAAUGAUUUAAAGGACUAUUUCCAGAGAGAACUUGGUGACCUUCGGACUGUGUUCCUGGACCGCUUUGAUGAUCAGGCCUUCAGGAUUACAGAUGUGGAGCUGGAUGUGGGGCUUGUGAAGCAAAGGGUGAAUGAACAUGACAAGACACUAUCAAAACUAGAAAACAGAACCUCCCUCUUGAACAGGAAACUGGAGGAGUGUGGCUGUCGAAACAUGGCAGGAGGAGAAGUAAUAAGAGGAGAGGGGAAUGGUGCAGGCAACGCUGACACUCCUGGUGGUGGCAGUAACACUGGGGGGGGCAGAGGUAGCACUAGUGGUGGCAGUGCUGGCACUGGUGGGAGUCAAGGUAGUAUUGGUGGAAGCAGUAGUGGCACUGGUGUAGAUGGGGUAAGUGGGACUGUGGGAAGAGGAGAAUUACCGGGAAUAGGAGGAGAAAAAGAUAACACAACAAGGAAAUCAUUGGAGUGGAGAGUGAUUGCCAAUGAGGAUCAAAUCAGACAUUUUAACACAAAACUCAAAGACCUAUCUGUGUCUGGAGACUCUCUUAUUGAUAAGGUUGUGGACCUGAGCCAUGACAUCCGUAAGAUUAAGGCUUUGACUGGUGCUCACGGUGAACACUUUAACCGCAUCGUGACAGAGGUGGAGUUACUUGGGCAGGACUGCGAAAUCUGUGGGACAGUGAAGAAUGAGUUGCUGAAGCUGCAGAAUCAUUCCAAGGAUGCACUUGGUCGCCUGCAGAACCACAUCAACCGACUUCAGCUGAGUGUGAACUCUGGGAGUGCGUGCAACCGGAUGUGCUCUCAUUUGCAGGAUGAAGUUCGUCUUCUGCGAGAGGAUGUCACACGCUGCACCAAUAAAUGUGGCGGUUCUGGUAACACGGGUUCAACCAAUGAAAAUGGAGGUACCAGAGGUGAUGGACCCCGUUUGGACGGUGAGCGACCUUUAGAUGGCCACAGUGUGAUAGGAGGCUACAUUAACAACAACCAGAUGAAGACGUUGCAAGGUGAAUUGUCUGGAGUUAUCCUGACCUUCAGCUCUAUAAACGACACCCUCAAGGGUCUUGAACACACUGUACAGAAACAUGGCAGCGUCAUCACUGACUUGGGAAACACAAAGGAUAAGAUUAUCUCUGAACUGGACAAAAUACAACAGGAGGUGACAGAACACAUUGAGGAAAGUCGGGACCGGUUAGAUGGAAUGGAUCGAGAUCUCAGACGUUUCGAGAGCACAAUACUAGUAGAGAUGGGUGACUGUAAGAGAUCAGGUGAUGGGCUAGAGAAGAGGCUGUCCAAGCUUGAAGGCGUCUGUGGAAGGUUGGACGGAGUCUAUGACUCCAUCCACAAGAUAAAAGAAGGACUUAACCAACAUGUAUCAAGCUUAUGGACAUGUUUUUCGGGUCUAAACAACUCAAUUAUUCAUCAUGGCGAAAUCCUGGACUUUGUUCAGAAGAACCAGGAUGAUGUUCAGAGCCGGAUAAAGAACCUCAACUCCAGCUUGAUUCACAUCUCGAAAGAUACGCAGAGUUUUUCAGACCAUCCCUUGACUGGCCCGCCUGGACCUCCUGGAGAGAGAGGCUUCAAUGGGCUGCCAGGUCCCCAAGGGCCACCUGGACCAUCUGGAAGACCCGGAGAAAGUGGAAUACGUGGCCUGCCAGGACUACCAGGUGCUGAUGCUCAUAUACCCAAAUUGUCCUUCUCUGCUGCCCUUACUGUUCCCAUGGAGAUUCCAGGGACCAUUAUCUUUGACAAGAUCUUUGUUAAUGAAGGUGACUUCUAUGACCCCAGAACAGGUAUUUUUACUGCCCCAGUUGAUGGACGCUACUUUUUCAGCGCCAUCCUAACAGGCCACAAGAAUGAGAAGAUAGAGGCAGUUCUUUCUAAAUCCAACUAUGGCAUGGCCCGGGUGGAUUCUGGUGGCUAUCAGCCUGAGGGUCUGGAGAACAACCCUGUGGCUGAAGUUAAAACCUCUCCAGGCUCUCUUGCUGUUUUCAAUAUCAUCUUGCCCCUACAGACUCAGGACACAGUCUGCAUUGACUUGGUUAUGGGAAAACUGGCCCAUUCUGUGGAACCACUUACCAUCUUUAAUGGGAUGCUUCUCUAUGAAGAUAUGUGAUGGCUUCUUGUUGAUGUCUGAAAAAUUUCAGACACUAAAUGACAAGGACAGAGUACCUGAAUAAUGGAGUUUCCAGAUAAGUCAAGACAAGCCCACAGGAGGCAGCACCAAAACAAUGAUAUCACUUUGGUAUUAGGAAGUGACCAACAACUUUAUGUUAAGAGUAAAAGUUCAAAGUAUUGAGAAGUUUUAAUUUUUAUAAUGUAUCAGAUUAUGUGACAACAAACUUGGUUAACCAGUUUAAUGUGAUUGUCCUCAAAACUUACUUUUCUGCUCAGUAUUGGUUUAUAUAGAUAAAUGCAGUACACACCACAAGUGUGUAUAUCUAGAGGUUAAUGUUAAUUAUAAUUACAAUGUGUUAAUGUGUUUAAAACCUACACCUAUGUAGUAAGCAACUUUAUGUUAAGUGUGGUAACUUGAGAACAUGCUGUGGUCAACAAGUUUAUGUUUUUGGACUUAUCAUUCUCAACUUUCACGGGACUUUAUAUGUCUAUGAAAUUUCUGACAUCUUUGUUCAGUCUGAAAGCAAUUAUACUCCAGUUUGUACUGGUAAGAGUUUCUCUUUUGAAUGUUUUAUCAUACAUUGCACAUUUUUGGGUUAUUUUGCGUUUCCAAAUGUCUAUAUGUCACCCAUGAGACAUACUAAUUUUGAUUAACAAGUAAAGAACAAUAGAAUCUAGUAGUAUUCUGUACUAUUUGGUUAGUCUCUGCAGAUGGUUACUAGAAUUUUAAUGUACUUUUAAUGUAUUAAGAGCACAUUAGAAUUACUGCCUCACAAAAUGGUAAAAUGUCUUUGUUUUGUCUUAAAGAGAAUGUAAGGUAUUAAAAAUUUAAAUAUUUAAUGCAAA